AUGGGCGAGUCUGCUGUGUUUUCCCUAGAAGAGGUCAAGAAACAUAAUUCUGAAAAUGAUUGUUGGAUUGUCAUUCAUGAUAAAGUGUAUGAUGUCUCAAAAUUUCUGGAUCAACAUCCUGGUGGUGAUUUUGUAAUUCUUGAAAGUGGGGGCGGGUACGCUACGGAAGCUUUUGAGGAUGUCGGCCAUUCUGAAGCAGCUCGAAGACUUUUGAAAGAGUACUGUAUUGGAGUUAUUGAUAGCAAGGAUAAAGAAUCUUCUCUUAAAUUUUCCUCAAACUAUUCUCGGGACAAAAAAGCAAGCUUUGCUGGCUGGACUGGUGCUCUCCUUCCCGUUCUCAUAGCAAGUGUGGCAGUGGCAGCUUAUUUCUUUGCUAAGUAG